CUCAAGAUAGCAUUAAAAUCAAUUUUGAUGCUUCUAAAGCGUGGGCUACUGAAGAGACCAUUAAGAUAGCCUUAAAAUUCUAUCGAAUGAUGAUUUCGUGCAUCAAUUAAAACACGAAACCUCCUUUAGAAGAUGAGGAACACUAGAGCUGCAUUAGGAUGAAAAAACAUUUACUAGAAGUUUCCGCAUGUCUAAAAAAAGUGAAACAGGCCGCAUAUUGGAUUGCUCGUGAAGCCCAAAUUGCUACUUCCGAGUUUGUAUCAUUUAACUUAUCUUCCCUUCCUCCUCUUUUUUCUAUUUCUUUAUAUAACUGCUGGGGCGCACGAUCUCCCGUUUGUUGGAGCGCUCUCAAGUUUUAACGUUCUGUGAUGUCGGUAUGAGGCGCGCUGUGUGAGGAGCGGAUUCCAUUUCGUCGGGCGAAGCUUUUCCCCGUUAGCUGCAGCCUGCAGGGAACAAUAAAACCGGCCGAGCCGAAGCCCGAAGGAUAUCGUCUCUGUCCGUGCAAUAAUGGAAGUUGUCGCAGGAAAGCCGUUGCGAGUACAAAGUCUUGCACAAGCUGGCCUAGCAAACGUGCCAUCUCAAUUCAUACAACCACCCGAAACUCGACCUGGGUCAUGGGGUGAAACGCCAGAUUCGAGAAUCCCCGUGAUCGAUCUCUUCCUAUUCGACCCCCAACACUCCGACGACGUGCGUCGGAAUCUCCGGCAAUAUUGCAGUGAAUGGGGAGCUUUUCAGGUAAGAAAUCAUGGGGUCCCACAGCGAUUGCUCGACGACAUGAGGAGAACGGGUCUUUCCUUCUUCAACGAUUGCCCCAUGUCUGAGAGGUCCAAGUACUUUUGCGAUCCAAACUCUGCAGCUUCAGAAGGUUAUGGAAGCCGAAUGCUCGUGAAAGAUGACAGCGUUUUGGACUGGAGGGAUUACUUCGAUCACCACUCUUUGCCGCUUUCUCGUAGGAAUCCCACUCGCUGGCCGGACUUUCCUCCCAAUUAUAGAGAAGUUGUAACUGAGUACAGUGAUCAAAUGAACUCACUUGCUCAGAAGUUGUUGGGAUUGAUGUCGAAAAGCCUUGGCCUAUCAUCAUCGUGCAUCGAGAAGGCAAUUGAGGAAGUAUACCAGAAUAUCACCAUCAGCUAUUACCCGCCUUGCCCACAGCCAGAGCUUACUCUUGGUUUGCAGGCGCAUUCUGACAUAGGUGCUAUUACUCUUCUGAUACAAGACGACGUUGGGGGUCUUCAGGUAUUAAAGGAUGGCAAAUGGAUAAACGUACAACCUUUAUCUGAUGCGAUUGUCGUCAUUUUGGCCGACCAAACUGAGAUUAUAACCAACGGGAAGUAUAGAAGUGCGGAGCAUAGAGCAAUCACAAAUGCGAACAGGGCGCGCCUCUCAGUGGCAACAUUUCAUGAGCCUGCCAAGACAAGGAAGAUAUCCCCAGCUGCCGAGCUUCUCAACAACAACUCCUCUCUUCCCAGAUAUCGUGAGGUUGUGUAUGGGGAGUACGUUUCUUCGUGGUACACCAAGGGCCCAGAAGGAAAACGGAAUGUCGAUGCCCUUCUACUUGUCCACUAGAAACUAGAUACUUAAUUCUUGUGUUAUCAGUUUCAAGAUUGACAACAAUUAUGAACUGAGAUCGUAGUUGCUGCUUUCAAACUUGCCAAUUAAUGUAUUAUCAUAUAUUUUUAUGUUUAGUUCAAAAGAAAAAUACAAGGAAUCAGUACGUUUUUGUUUGAUAAA